GUGGCCGUUGAUGUUGUUUUACUUUUAUCGCGGAAACAAACUUCUGAACUGUUUCUGUUUUUGACUCUGUUUUUAUAUUAUAAUUUAAAUAUUUUGAAAUCUAUAAACUCAGUAUCUGUAGUUAAUUUGUGUAUCUAUUUGCAAAUAGUCUGUGUAUGAGAUUAAAAUAUCUGAAUCGUCAUUUUAAACAGAAAAAUGAUUAAUACUGCAUCUUGGACUGGUGGCACCGAUGAAGAAUAUGAAACUCAACAUUUUGGAUUCGGUGCUCAACGACUAAAAAUUGCAAUUCGUCAAAUGGUGGAACAAAAAAUAACUACAGGAGUUAGAGACAUGGAAUCUUAUUUGAAGGAAUCAUUAGGUCUGAAUGAUAAAGAUAAAGCUACAAUAACUCAUUCGUGCGACAAACUUAUUAACUUGUUUUGUGACAGAGCUGGCCCUUCGCUUGAUAUUAUAGAUAGCGAAAUAGAAAGAGUGUUCAAAAUUCCCAGCAAUGUAGUUUUGCCUGAAGAUGAAGCACAUAUAGAAGAUAUAUCUGAUAUAGAUUACGAAAGUCUCAAGAGCGAGGUGGCAGAUUUACGGAAACGCGUUGAGAGAGGGGUUUUAAUGGAAGCUUUACUCACAUCAGAAGAAGAGGAACUGUCUUCCAUAGAAAGUAUUUGUGAAACUGCUAAAAAGGACAUGAAAUUAUUAGAUUUACUCCAUAAGAGUAUUGAAGGCAGCGAUAGCUUGAAAUCAAUCCAGAAUGAUACUCAAUUCUUAUGUGCAAGUGUACCAUUUAUAAUAAAGAAUGAUACCGGUGGUCAAUUAUUUGAAGAUUGAUUAAUGUUAGGUUACAUUAUUUUAGGUGAUACAAUGGUAAACAUUAAUUAUACAAUUUACAUCUUCUAGUUCAUUCAAAAAGCAUUUAUGUGAGUAAAUUGAAAGAAUCAUGCAUUUAGUUAAAUAUACAUAAAUAUAAAUCAAACAAAAUUUAUAUUUAUAUUAAUUUUAUUUGUCAUUGAAACUUGUCAUAAAAUAUAUGUAUGAUUUAAUUACUUUUCAUUGUAUUUGCAUAGAAGCUGGAAUUUUCUACUAAAAAACACAAAUGUUAUAAUAUAAAUAGUUAUACAUAUAUACCAUAUUUAGGUAUGAUUGUAUCUAAACUUGCAUCGGUAUAAAAUUCACAUGUUAGGAAUAUGUUGUUUCAGUUGUACUUAUUUUUCUGUAUACUGGAAUUACAAAAUUCAAUAUGUA